UCUUAAUCGCUAGUUUCAAGUCUUUCUCAGUUUUUCUGAUUUACUCAUCAUGAUGAAACUGAUCCUGACUCUCACUCUCAUCUGGACACUCUCCAGCACAGCUGAAGCUCUUGAGUGUUGGACUGGUCAAGGGACUGACAUGAAGCAACAGACCUUACGUAACUCUACUGGCCUGUGUGCAACUGUUGCCUUUCAAGAAAAAAAGAUUGGAUAUUUCUCACAGGACACCACCAGGUUGUGUUUGCCAUCCUCCGUUAUCAGUGAAGGAAAGCACACAUAUUCAUUCAAUGUUGGUUUUGAAAGUAAGGCUGCAUCUGUUCAUGUGUGCAACACAGAUCGCUGCAACAGUCAAGUCAUUCCUCACCCUGGUAUUCAGAAGAAAAACAACCUGCAGUGUUUCACCUGUAAUUAUCUUUUUUCUGCUGUGUGUAAUGAGACAGUUCAGUGUGUGGGAACGGAGGACCGCUGCAUUAGUUGGACUGGUGGAUAUGCAUAUAACAGGGACCAAACAGCUUAUGCCUUUGGUUGUGCCUCUGCAAACCUCUGUGACAUUGCUUCUCGCUUGGAGCUCCUGCCUCAUUGGCCUUUUAAAUCACUUAGUGAACCAAAAUGUUGUGGAAGCAGCUUCUGUAACUCAGCCUCAUCUGUCAAACUGAAUGUGAUCCCUUUGCUAUUUGGACUCAUUACUCUUAUUGUCUCUUAGAACAAAGAUAAAAUAGCAAAGGACAUGUAUAGUGUGUGUGAAUAAGCCAAAUACUUCUAUCAUCUUCUCAUUUACACAGUGUGUCUUUUACAUUUUGAAUGUUUUAGCUUGGUAAAUAAUUAUUUUAACCAUAACUGCAGCAUCCCAUUAAAAAAAGUUAGCUAAUGAUAAUCCUGUCUGGUUCAGUAACAAAUAUGUCUAUUUACAUAAUGAUAACAUUCUUACUAGAGUUAUUUGAAGUAACCCAAAGCAGUAGUGUUGUUACUUUAUAUGUAAGUAACAAGUAAAUAAUUAUUUAGAAGUAGAAGUAGUAGAAGAAGAAGUAGCCAUCAAAUAUGUACUUGCAGUGCAGUGCUCCUCAGUCUACCAGCUCGUUUCUAGUUUUCCUGUGCUCACCUGACAGUUGAUUUUGGCAAACCAACUACCUUUGAUAUCUCUUUGACAGUCAUUUGCCUUUUUUUCCAGCCUCAUUAUGAUCUUCUUCACUUGCAUGGUCACCUCUUUACCCUUCACAUUGACAACUCCACCUCAAUCUAAAUGAAAACUCUCAAAAAUGUUCAACUGUCCAAUUACAUACUAUCUGGACUGUAUUUUUACUGUAGUUUUGGUGCAUUCGACUGUGUAUGUGUACAAUUUCAAAGUAUUUUGACUCGAAUUCUGCCAUAUUUUGGAUUUAUGUAGAAUACAGUUUUGUACAAAUUCCCUGAAUCCCAAACUCUUUUGCACAAUUUUAUUUCUUUUCUUGAAACAAGGCACAAAAUACUGAGAAAAACUAAAGAUGCAAUACUGGCAAAAGACAAAUAAAGAACCCACAAAUAGAAGAUUUGUGUUCUUAAUCGUAAUCUUUUUCUUUGGUUUAAACUGUGGGCUCAGCUGGAAAAAGUUGAUGACACAUAUAAUAUUUGGCUCAAAAUCUGAUGAUUGGUUGUGUGCUUACAUUGCCCGGCCACUGUCAAUCAAAUGUACAAGAUAAGUUUUUGACUGUAAAUUCUUUUUAAUUAUUAAUAUCUAUGUUUGUCUGAACUUUGAUGCUUAUUAAGUCAUAAUUAUUCAUUGUUAGAGUUGUAUUUAAAGAGUAGCUUCAUACCGGGCUGAAAGUGUUUCUGCUUGUCUAGAUAA